AUGCCCACUAAAGCUGCUGUUUUAGCCGCUCUCCGUUCCUUCGUAGACGGAUUGUCGCGUCCGUAUUCGGAGGAAAAGUAUGAUCGCAGCGUCCAGGAUUGUUGGGGUCACGAUCUCUUCGGGCCUUACCUUCAGUUUAAAAAGGACGACUUUCAUCUGGGACAGUGGUACGUUCUGUGUCACGUCGACCACCCCCGCGCUCGUGGUCGCCCUCGCCCCACCUUCCGAUACAUCUCCCCCCCUCUCACGUCCGUCCAGCGGAGUGCAGUUCGUGAUUGGGCAGCUAACCACGGUGUGACGCUCUCCUCGCCCGCCAGAGGACGCGAGUUCCAUAUCGAUGUUACCCAGGCCGGCAACUUGACUAUCAAUCCUGCUCCGCCAGCCGGCGUUAUCGAUCUCACCGAUCUUUCUGAUGGUACACGCUCGCCCAGCGUCGAGAUUACACGCUUCGUCCCCGCUCCUUUACUCCGGGAUAUGCUGGUCGUCUACUACUUCUUCGAGGACGAAACCUUGCCCAAGAUUAUCGAACUUCCCGCUCGCGCAUCUAUCAACCAGUUCUUGAUGCGCCAUCACGAGCGCCAACUCCUUGACUACGAACUGAAACAGUCGGAUACGAUUGACAUUCUUACGUUCGGCGCUCCGGGUUUCGAGAUGUGGUCGAAAUUCCACGUCCGCGACUUAGCCAUACCGCGAACCAUGCCCGCCAUCGUUAUAUCUGGAACCCGCGUAAACAAAUUUCAUCCCUCCAUAGAGGCCGUCUACGAGCAUGCGUAUCAGGACGCCGCUAAACUUCCCGAGCGCAUUGUCGACCCGGACGACGCCUCUCACUCUGCGUAG